ACCUCCGAGAUAUCCCCUGCCCCUUCGUGGUGUCCGUUCCGCACCACCUUCUCUUCGCCUUCAUCGUCGUCGUCCCUCGCUUCGAUCGCUCCGCUCUCAAACCCUAGUUCCGAUCUCCUACUCGUUCGCACGCCGCCUCCGCCAACCCCGCUGCGUCCAAUGGGCGUCCAAGCGAGGGAUCGCGCGAGCCGCAACGGCCGCAAGAACCGCAUCGCCGCAAAGAGCUCGGCGGAGGCCGCCGCCGCCGCUAAGAUUCCCCCUCCGGCGAUACCCGCUGCGUCGUUCCCCUACGCUGCCGAAGCUGGGUGCGGCGGCGGCGGCGGCGCGGGGGAUCUCGAUGCGGGGUUCGGGAGCGCGAACCCUAACGCUAAUUCCAGCGGGUGUGAUGAAUCCGGGUGGAGGUACUGCACGGAGGAGCAGCUCGAGGAGCUCCUCCUCAAGAACCUCGACCUCGUCUACAAGGAGGCGCUCUCCCGCCUCGUCGCCCUCGGCUACGACGAGGAGCUCGCCCUCCGCGCCGUCCUCUGCUCCGGCCACUGCUACGGCUCCUCCGACGUCCUCUCCAACAUCCUCAACAACGCCAUCGGCUACCUCAGCAAUCCCGCCGCCGCGGCCGCGGCCGCCGACCACGACUCCGCCGCCGCUUCGUCCGCCGGCGCCGGCGGCGAUAAGGGAUUCACCGACCUCCGCCACCUUGAGGAGUACUCCCUCGCUGGCCUCGUCUGCCUCCUCCAGCAGCUUCGCCCUUCCCUCUCCCGAGGCGACGCCAUGUGGUGCCUCCUCAUGGGCGAGCUCCAGGUCGGCCGCGCCAGCACCAUCGAUCUCCCCGCCGGUCCUCCUCCUACCUCCUCCCCCUACCCCGCGCCAAUCACCAGCAGUUUCCAAACCCUCGACCUCGAUCACUCUGUUCUAAAGGACCUCGAGGGUUUGAGCAUUUCGGAGAAGUCGCAGGAAGGAAAAUCUGAUCCAAACACACAGACGAUCUGCGAGCUCGUCCGUCAGAUCCGCGAUCUCGGGCUCCAGGUGAAGGAGCGCAGGGAGUGGGCACAGAAGAAGGCGAUUCAGGCAGCACAGAAGCUGAGCAACGACCUCAUGGAGCUCAGGGUUUUGAGGAUGGAGCGGGAGGAGAAGCAAAGGCUGAAGAAGGAGAAGCAGGCCGUGGAGGACGCGAUGAUGAAGCGGCUCUCCGAGAUGGAGGAUGUGAUGAAGAAGGCGAGCGGGCAGGUGGACUGCGUGAACGCCGUUGUGCGGAGGCUGGAAAUGGAGAAUGCAGAGAUCCGCGCGGAGGUGGAGGCCGCGAAGUUAACGGCGUCGGAGUUGGUCAGGCAUUGCGAGGAGGGGAUGAAGAAGCAUAGGAGGACCUGUAAGAAAGCACAGGCAACGGAGAAGCAGAUGCGGAGGAUUGAAGAGGAGAUGGCCAAGGAGAAACGGAAGAUAACGCAGGCUGAGCAACAGUUAAGUGAGAUCACGGAGGAAAUUAAAGAAAUUGAGAUUAAAUUGAUAGAAGAAUCAAAGACGAAAGAGCAAGCCAUUGCACUGGCCGAGAAGGAACGUCGAGCCAAAGAGUCAAUCGAAGCUGGCAUUAAAAGAAGACAGGAUGAACUUCGACAGAAAUUAGAAAUGGACUCCAAGCGGUACAAAGAUGACAUUGGAAGGCUAGAAGAGGAGCUUUCGCGGCUGCAAGCUUCUGCUGAACCAACACAGAUCAACUCUCCCCUCCCCAGUACUUUGAAUUUUAGGGAUGCAGAUACAAGAAGGCCACCAAAGGAAGCCAGUGGGAAAGGGCUUAAUGUGUUAAAUAAGCCACCAGAGCCCUCUCAGAAGCCUAGCAAUCACCGCGAAUGUGUGAAUUGCAAACAUGAUGAGGUGUCCGUGGUUCUACUACCUUGUGCCCACCAGGUUCUCUGUGCUAGGUGCAAUGAGGACCAUGAAAAGAGGGGCAAAUUCAGCUGCCCCUGCUGCAACACUAAGAUCGAUGAGAGGAUCCGUGUGUAUGGUGUAAGCUCUUAGCAAUAUUGGAACUCCAACUAUAUUACUGCCACUUAUUUCAAAUGAGUGCCUCAGAAGCCUCGUCUAGACCAAGACUCUGGGUAACUUCUGCUUCCUAGUAGCUCCGAUAUGUUGUAUGCUGAAAAGCAGCUAUUUUGAAGUAUUUACAUAAACGAACUUGGAAGAGGCAGCUUGUCUGUCGCAUGUUGGAAUUUUGACGUUCUUUUGUUGCUUAUCCGUGUUCGAGGUUGUAAUGUUUGGCUGGUCCGUUAAUAAUAGACGCGAGAUAGGAGAUUGAAUGUACUCU